CGGGCCCGAGCUGCCAGGGGCGGGGCCUGGGGAGCGCUCGCCGGCGGUUACCGACUGUGCAGUGUGAUCCCCUCCGUGGCAGGGACUUCCUCAGGACCUGGGUGGGAUGGGAAGGGCAAGUAGCCAUCUGUUUAUGCUGGACAGUACAGACAUCAUGAGUGGGCGGAGGGAACAGCACGUGCAAAGGCCUGGGACUGGUGCACGGGCCGAACGGGCACCAGCUCAGGUGAUGGUUUGGGGAUCCGAGGAGAGUGUGGUCAGAGACGAGUAGUGCAGAACACCAGACCAAGGAACCGGGCUUUACCCUGGAAAUUAACCAAAAGCUGCUAAUUGUGGCAGCCCUCUGCAUGCUCCCCUCCCCCACCAUCUCUUCUUCCUUUCCCUCCCCUCUCCUCUCCUCCCCUCCCCCUUCCAUCCGAAUGAUAAAGGGUCUGGCCGCCGCUCAGCCCAGCCUCAGGCCCUGGCCCUGCCUCCACACCGCCACACUGCCCCACUGCCCGGAGCCCUCAACCAGGCCAGGCCCCUGCCCACGCUGUCUACCUUCCCUGCAUGGGGCCCUGCAGCGAUUCCUGCCUGGGGCCCCUGGAGUCAGAGUCGCCCUCCCAGCCCCCCAAGAGAAGGAAGAAGAGAUACCUGCGGCAUGACAAGCCCCCCUACACCUACUUGGCCAUGAUCGCCUUGGUGAUUCAGGCCUCACCCUCCCGCAGGCUGAAGCUGGCCCAGAUCAUCCGUCAGGUCCAGGCCGUGUUCCCCUUCUUCAGGGACGACUACGAGGGCUGGAAAGACUCCAUCCGUCACAAUCUCUCCUCCAACCGAUGCUUCCACAAGGUGCCCAAGGACCCUGCGAAGCCCCAGGCCAAGGGCAACUUCUGGGCGGUAGAUGUGAGCCUGAUCCCUGCGGAGGCGCUGCGGCUGCAGAACACGGCCCUGUGCAGGCGCUGGCAGAACCGGGGUGCGCGAAGAGCCUUCGCCAAGGACCUGGGCCCCUACGUGCUGCAUGGCCAGCCCUACCAGCCACCCAGUCCUCUGCCGCCGCCCUGCGAGGGCUUCAGCAUCAAGUCCCUCCUAGGGAAGCCUGGGGAGGGGGCAUCCCCCUGGCCCAGGCUGGAGCCACAGAGCAGCCCAACUCUGGCAAGCACAGGGAAUAGUGGGGAGGAGGCAGUGCCUACUCCACCCUUGCUCUCCUCCGAAAGGUCUCUGUGGCCCCUCUGCCCCCUCCCUGGGCCCAGGAGAGCAGAGGGGGAGACUUCUCAGGAGGGAGUCAUUGGGACCACAACCCGCUCCCCGGAGCCCAGAGCUUGGCCCCUCCAUUUAAUGCAAGAUACCCCAGACCCCAGAGGGCUGUCAAGUGGGGGACACAGGGCUCCCAUCUGGGGGCAGCUGCCCACGUCCUACUUGCCCAUCUAUGCCCCCAAUGUGGUUGUGCCCUUGGCACCACUACCCAGCUCCUGUCCCGGGUGUCCACCUUCCACCAACCCAGGCUACUGGGGGGGGCACCCUGAAACCCGACGGCCCUCGAGGUUGCUCUGGGAUCUAGAUGCCUUCUUCCAGGGGGUGCCCCCCAACAAAAGUAUCUAUGACGUGUGGGUCAGCCACCCUCGGGAUGUGGCUGCCCCUGCCCCAGGCUGGCUGCUCUCCUGGCAUAGCCUGUAAGGCUCCUGCAGCAGGGCCACUCCUCCCUCCCACCCUGCCAGCUUGCUGAUGGGAACCAAGGCCAGAGGGUGUCUGCAGCCACAGCAGCCUCAAGACACAGGUACCAGCCUUGCUGGGAGUCCAGGGUGUUUAUUGGACUACUCCAUAAGUGGUGUGGCCCAGCAGGGCAUAACCCUGCCCUGCCAGUCAUGCCCCUGCCUCCCCACACAAGGCAAGGGUAGAGAAGCAGGGCUCAGCCUGGAACAGCCCUUCCUGGCCCCACCUUCUCAGGCCAUUGCCCAUCCAUUCCUCCCCAUGUGUUACCUCCCCUCCCUGGCUCCAGGCUGGGGGAGGGAAAGCAUAACUGGGAUCCAGCCUGAAGUCCUGCCCUAUCAACUGUCUAGGAAGGAGGUAGCACCUUUUUGGGGAAAGGGGUUAGGAAUAAAGACAUGGUCUUGGGUGGAGGAAAGACAACAAUAAAGGAAUUUACAACAUUUUAA